CAACUUUCCCGGGGGCCACUCCGCCCGCUGCAAGAUGCAAACACCCGCUGAAGCCCCAGCGCCUUCGGGGGCUUUUUGGGGGAACUGACAGCGCCCGUCGGCGGCGCACGGCCCAGUCCAGCCCAGCCCAAGCCUUCUACCCCAAGUGAAGGGCGGCCUUCCGGGAGCAGCAAGCACCGAUUCACUUACACCACCACUAUACAAGCGCGUUCCCUUCUCCGAGGAGAUGUUUCGCCUAAACACCAUCAUCACCGACAAUUCUAUCCUCAUCGCAUUGAAAUGGCCUGCACGGCGAUAAACGGCUACCGCGUAGCUCUGGAUGUAUUCCAGGCGCAACAAUGGUCUUUUCAGGAUGCUGUCCCUUCCAACAUUGACUCGAUGCGCAACCUGCUGCAGCACUACAGCAGCAUCCCGCCCUCCGACAUUGACGCCCAUCUUCUCCGCAUCAGAGAAAAGGCAUGGGGCAUUUCACAUCGCCCCUUCAUUGGCAGAUGGCGCUUCCUCCGCCUCGAAGACUACGCAGAUCCGUGCUACCAGCAAGUCCGCUUUCGCCUCAUGCUCCCCAAGUCGGAAGACAUCUUCCUAGACUUGGGCUGCGGCCUUGGACAGAGCCUACGACAGCUUCGCUUCGACGGUGUUCAUCCAGAGGCCCUGUUGGCCGCUGACAUUGAGUCUCGCUUCAUCGACGCAGGCUUUGACUUGUUCCGCGACGCUGACACACUUGGGGCCAAGUUCAUCGUGGGCGAUCUAGUCAAUCCCGAUGACCGUAGUCUGGACGUGCUCUGCGGUACAGCAACAAUUGUGCACAUGGGCAGCUUCUUCCAUCUCUUCACCCGCGCGCAGCAGCUCUACAUUGGCCAGCGCCUGGUGAGCUUCCUGAAGCCGGGCACAAAAAAUGCGCUCAUUUAUGGCCGCCAAGCCGGCACUACAGAUUCUACUAUUCCCUCCUCGCGGCAGCACACGGGAAUGUUUCUUCAUAAUGAAGCUACUUUACAAGAGCUUUGGGAUGAAGUCGGCGAGUUGACCGGCACGCGCUGGCUGGUUCAGCUGGAGCAAGACGGCCACGCAGACGCUUCGCCCUGGGGAAACACCAAAGGCGCUGUGCCUGUGAAAUUUGCCAUUUAUCAAAUGCAGGCAUAAUGGCAGAUGCGAGACCAAAAAAAUAGGCGCUGGCGCCGUCGUAUAAUUAUAAUGAUAGCCAAUGAAUAAUGACCAAUACAGACAUGACAUAUUCUUUUUUUGUAA